AUGAACUUCUGUCGUCGGCAACUUGUUUCAAUUUGGCUGAAAGGCGAGAAACACAGUGAUGUAUCUAAUUUAAUCUAUCUAUCUAUCUAUCUAUCUAUCUAUCUAUCUAUCUAUCUAUCUAUCUAUCUAAAUAUGUUUUUUUGUUCAUCACUUUCAUUCUUCAAGUUUCUUGAUUUUUCCUUUCAUUCUAUUUUUCUUUUUCUUCCUCAUUUGUUAAGUUUCUUCAUUUUCUCUUUCUUUCUAUUUUUCUCUUUCAUUUUUAAUGUUUUUUUUAUUUUCUCUUUCUUUUAUUUUUUGUUUCUUCCUUUUUUCCUUUCUUUCUAUUUUCCUUUUUCUCCUUCAUUUUUAAUGUUUCUUCAUUUUUCUUUCUUUCUAUUUUCCUUUUUCUCCUUCAUUUUUAAUGUUACUUCAUUUUUCUUUCUUUCUAUUUUUCCUUUUUCUCCUACAUUUUUAAUGUUUCUUCAUUUUUCUUUCUUUCUAUUUUUCCUUUUUCUCUUUCUUUAUUUUCCUUUCUUUCUAUCUUUCCUUUUUCUCUUUCAUUUUUUAUGCGUCUUCAUUUUUUCUUUCUAUUUUUUCUUUUUUCCUUCAUUUUUUUAUUUUUUAUUUUUCCUUUCUUUCUUUUUCACUUUUUCUUCUUCAUUUUUUUCUUUCUUUCUAUUUUCCUUUUUUUCUUCAUUUUUUAUUUUUCUUGAUUUUUCCAUUCUUUCUAUUUUUUCCUUUUUCUUCUUCAUUUUUAUGUUUCUUUAUUUUUUCCUUUUUUCUAUUUUAUCUUUUUCUUUUUUCAUUUUUCUUCCUCAUUUUUAUGUUUUGUUUUAUUUUUCUUUCUUUCUAGUUUUUCUUUUUUCUUCUAAAUUUUACAGAUUUUUUUUUCAAUCCAUGCUUAUUCGUUCUCUUUUUCUUUCAUGUUAUUUUCUUUUUAGUCUUUUCAGAUUUUACUUCCAUCCAUCAUUAUUCACACUCGUUUUUGUUUUUCUUUUACUUGUCUUUUUCUUCUUUUACUCUUUCGCUUUCCCUACGCAUCUCGCUUGA